AUGUUUGAAGCAGAGUUUCUGGGAGUUGUAGUUACAGCCCUUUGCUUAUUAUCAGAGUCCAAAUUUGACCUUAAAACUCAUGGGGAUGCAUUAGCUGAUGCCAUUCCAACCCCAACAACUUCUUGUGAGAACUGUCCACCCCUUUCUGGUUAUCCUUCUUAUGGAGGAGCAUCACCACCACCUACUGGUUACUCUACAUAUGGUGUCCCUCCUCCUCCUCCUACUCCACCACCACCACACAAGACAGGAAAAGGCCAAUCCAAGUGUCCUCCAGCUGCAAGUGUUCAGUGUUGCACCCCUCCAGCUCCUUACACUUUUGGUUAUGGUUAUGGCUAUGGAACUCCAAAUCCUUACUAUGCCCCUCCUAAUCCCUACACCUACGUGCCUUAUGGGAAAGGAUGA